AGAGAUGCAUCAGAACUAUUCAGAUGAAGAACAGGACCCUGAUAAACAACAAUCAGGUCAUGAUGUGGGAGUGAAAGGACAGAACCAAAAUAUACAGCAGGCAAGUCAAGAGAUCAAGGACAAAAAAAUGACCUUGGAGGAAAUCAAACAGAGUGGGCGGGCAGAACGACAACGGAGGAGGGAGGAGAGAAGAAGACAGCAGUCCGACUCCGAUUCAGAGUCAGAGUACCUGGUUGGAAAACUUGCGGAAAUCGCUAUUUCAGUAAAGGAACCAGACCUUGUUGAGGGAACUGGCCUGAUUUAUGACAAGCGGAUGUUGAAGCAUGAAAAUCUGUGGGACAAGGAUUACCCCGAGAAGCCGUCACGCAUCAGUGGACCUUUCCAGCGAUGUUGUGAACUUGGUCUUACUGAGAGAUGUAUUUGGCUAGAGGCCCUGCAUUCUACAGAGGACAUGGUAUUGUUACAGCAUUCACAGGAGUUGAUAGAGAAACUGAAACGGACAACAGAAAUGAGUACCGAGGAACUAAAAGCAGAGGCUCUCAAAUACGACUCUGUAUACUUCAAUCAAACUACAUAUGAGUGUUCAUUGCUGUCCCUGGGGAGUACAGUAGAAUUGAUGGAACAGAUUCUGAAGAAAAAGGUGCGAAAUGGAAUGGCUUUAAUAAGACCUCCAGGACACCACGCAAUGACGGAGGAAUUUUGUGGUUUUUGUUACUUUAAUAAUGUUGCUAUUGCUGCUAAACAUGCUCUGGAAAACUUUAAACUGAAAAAGAUUUUAAUCAUAGACUGGGAUGUUCACCAUGGACAAGGCAUCCAACAGAUGUUUUACAAUGAUCCACGAGUGCUGUACUUUUCUAUACAUCGAUAUGAAUUUGGGAAGUUUUGGCCACACCUAAGAGAGAGUGACUAUGAUUUCAUUGGAGAGGAAAAAGGCAUGGGAUAUAAUAUCAAUGUUCCACUUAACCAGACAGGAAUGACAGAUCAUGAUUACCUGGCUAUUUUUCAUCAGAUUCUAAUGCCAAUCGCAUUUGAGUUUGAUCCAGAAUUAGUUUUGAUUUCUGCUGGAUAUGAUUGCGCAAUUGGGUGUCCUGAGGGAGAAAUGGGUGUAACUCCUGCAGCCUUUGCUCACUUGACUCACAAGGUCAUGUCCUUGGCUCAAGGUCGUGUGGCAGUCAUAUUGGAGGGUGGGUACUGCUUAAAGUCUCUAUCUGAGUCUGCAGCCUUGACCUUGAGAGCAUUACUUGAUGAUCCUUGUCCCAGAAUUCCUCCAUCUCAGGAACCAUGUGACAGUGUCACAGAGUCCAUUUUGAAUGUGAUUAAGGUUCUUCGACCUUACUGGAAGUGUCUUCAAUAUCAGGGAUUCACCUCUGACCCUUGCCCUUUUGAAGAGGUCAACCAGUCUCCACCUAAACCAGAUAUAAUUUUAAUCACUGAAGAAAACAAGCCAAAGGAAUACCCUGAAAGUCUGGAGCCAACAAAAAUGGAGGAGUAUUACAAAGUGGAGAAAAGAUUGUCACCUGUCAUUGAUAGGAUCAUAGCAUCAACGAACCUCAGUAAAGCCAAAGACAGAACCUGUAUUGCCUAUGAUGAAGGAAUGAGAGCCCAUUGUUCAACUGCAUCUUACUACCAUCCUGAGUCUCCGGACAGAAUCACACGAAUAUUUGACAAACACACAGAGUGGGGGCUCACUCAGAGAUGUACGAGGGUCGAGACAAGGAUGGCCACAGAAGCAGAACUAACAUUAAUUCACAGCUCAGCUCAUGUUGAAGAGAUAAAGAGUUUAGAAGAAAAAAAUCCAUUUGAGUUGAAAAAAUUGGAAUCAAAUUACCAAUCCAUCUACCUCUGUAAAGAUUCUUACUUUUGUGCUCGGAUGGCUGCCGGAUUUGUGUUGGAUGUGGUGGAUAAUGUAUUGACUGGUCAGAGUCAGAAUGGAGUUGCAAUAGUGAGACCCCCUGGACAUCAUGCGGAGUGCUCCCGGGCCAUGGGUUUCUGUUUCUUCAAUAAUGUAGGCAUUGCAGCCAAGUAUGCUCAAAACAAGUACAAUGUCAAAAAAGUUUUAAUCGUUGAUUGGGAUGUACAUCAUGGGAAUGGUACACAGCAUCAGUUUUAUGAAGACUCAAGUGUCCUCUUCAUAAGUCUUCACCGAUAUGACCAGGGUUUUUUCUAUCCCUCAACAACCGAGGGUUGCCACACCAAAGUGGGGACAGGGGAGGGGAGGGGGUUCAAUGUCAACAUUGCCUGGAACAAAGGACCCAUGGGAGAUUCUGAGUACAUAACAGCCUUUCAACAAGUGGUCAUGCCAAUAGCUUAUGAGUUUGGUCCUGAGCUGGUUCUGGUAUCAGCUGGCUUUGAUGCUGCAAUGGGAGACCCUCUGGGAUGUUACUCGCUUACACCCGCUGGAUAUGGUCACAUGACCCACAUGCUAUCAUCACUAGCCAAUGGAAAAGUAGUCCUUGUGUUGGAAGGAGGAUAUCACCUGACGGCCAUAUCUAAUUCCAUGGCCAUGUGUACAUCUAUCUUACUUGGAGAUGGUUGUCCACACCUCCCUUAUGUCCAGCCGAAAGACAGUGCUGUGAAAUGUAUACAAGAUGUUUUAGAUGUACAGAAGCAGUAUUGGAAAUCACUGAAAUUCAGAGUGAACAUAAAAACAGAUAAGAAGGAGGAUACAGAAGAAGCUAAACAAGAAGAAAUAGAGAGGCAAAAAGAAGAUGAAGACAUGAAGAAGAUACAUGAACUGGCUGAACAGUUAAAGGAUGUAACAGUGUUCAAGGACACAGAAAAUCCCAGGGAGGAUGUCGUUGUGGUAGAAAAUGUGACAGAGGAUACAGAAGAUGUUGAGCAGAAAAAAGUCCAUACUGAGCAGCCACUGAAAGGAGAAAAAAGUGCUGUCCCAGAGCAGUCAGUGUUAGGUGGGAGUGACCAAACUAAAGGACUGUCCCAGGAGACUUAUUGUGGAGGAACAGAGGAGUCUGGAAUGGGAGGGGGAGAUAGUCCAGGGGGGAAUAAUGUUGAAAAGGAUCCAACCACAGUAUGUGCUGGAGGAGGGCAGUCACUAGGGGCAGAGGGAGGGAGCGAUGCCCCAGAGGCGUCACCAGUCUCAGCUAAUGAGGUUUUAAGGCAGCUGGAGGCUCAGGGACACACCCAAAUGUUUGCUGUGACCCCCCUUCCCUGGUGUCCACACCUGGAGACGGUAACCCCUGUCCCCCGGGGUCGGAUAGAUACUGGCUCCCCGUGUGAAGAUUGCGGAGAUUUGUCCGAGAACUGGACAUGUUUGGUCUGUUACAAGAUUUACUGUAGCCGGUUUGUCAAUGAACACAUGCUGAUGCAUGGCGUAAUGGAGACUCACCUGAUGUGCCUCAGUUUCUCGGACCUGUCUGUCUGGUGUUACGGAUGUGAUCAUUAUAUAGAUAAUCCGGCACUGUUUGAGGCCAAAAAUGCAGCUCAUCUCCACAAGUUUGGUACCUCCCUUCCUAGACCCCUGUGUUUGUCUUAACUUUAUUGCUCAGAAAAAUGAUGCUAUAUAUAAAUUAUGUUUUAUAAAAAAACAAAAAUAUUAAAAAACAUUUGUAAUCAUUAAUAUAUACUGUAUACAUGCAUUUAUGUUGUACUUCACUACAAAACAUUAAAUAAGUUUUAACAUAGAAUUUAUGAAUUAUA